AUGGCCGCGUCCUACCCCCGUUUCCAGCCGGGCCUGCACGCUCCCCACCUCUGCGGCCCGUACCGGCCUGUGGACGUGCCGAAGACCCAGGCUCCGACACAUGUGCAACUGUACUGUGACCUGGACGGCGUGCUGGCCGACUUCAACAAGGGCUGUCUUGCCCUUUUCCCAGAGGGUGGGGCAAUUGCUGCGAAGAUACCAACGCACACUGUCACGAAGCUCACUUGGGAGGAGGAGGGCGAAAUGUGGCGGCGCAUUGAGGAAAAGACGGACUUCUUCCUGUCGCUUGAUUGGACGUCCGAUGGCGAAGAGCUCUGGAGAUGGAUUGAUUGGAAUAUCGUCCCCACUCCAGCAGUUCUCACUGGCCUCCCGAUGGGCCGAGCAGGACAGAUGGCAGCAAAGCAGAAGGAGCAGUGGUGCCACGAGAAGCUGGGCUCUGAAGUGGCGGUCUACUGCUGUGGAACCCGGAACAAGCAGAAGUUCAGCGGCCAGGGCUGUGUGUUGAUCGACGAUCGUGGGGACUUGCGCGAAGCCUGGGAGGCUCGAGGGGGCAUCUUUGUCCAUCACACUUCAACGGCAGAGACCAUCCGCCAGCUGCGGGAGAUCUUAAAGUCCUCAAAGAUCACAAGCCAGAGCGCAACAAGCACCCAGGAGGUGCCGCUCCAGAUGACCAGCAUCUGUUGGGCUGCCCAGACACCGGCUGGUUGCUUCAAACCCAAGUGCCGAUACUUGCACGUGCCUGUCUCGCGCCGGCACCGCUGCUGGAUUCAGCUUUGGGGAUUUGUUUGGUGGCACCAGAGGAUGUUCGACGACCUGCCCAGCUUUGUGGACUGCAUUCGCUCCGUCUACUCUCCAAAGCACCAGGCAGCUUUCCAGGCAGACAAGGACAUGGACGAGCAAUCGCACGGAGCCUUCCGGUUGAUGCUUGAAACUCUGCGGGAGAGUUGUGAACUCGGACUGCCUCUCGACUUUCUGCGGGCGAUGGAUCAUCCCUCUCCGCCGUCGCCGCUGCCUCCAUUGCCGCGCCAAGUACGAGAAGUUCUAGUGCAGGUCACAGCACUGGUUCAGACCUUGGACGUGUUGGGUCCCGACCCGAAGGUUGUCGUGGCGGGCAGCAUGGGUUUGGGUGCAGACGUCGGAGGGUCUGACCUGGACCUGGUGCUUUGCUGUGACAUAGAGGUGAAUCCCAAGACAGCCCUGGCCGCCGUCACGGAGGCCUUGCUCAAGGCCGGCGAGGCCGUCGAUGUAAUAUUGCUGGAGCAGGUCGCCGUUCCGCUGCUCUCCUUCCGACUGGCAGGCCUUUCUGUAGAUGUGACAUUGAACCAGAUGUCUUCUAUCCGCGACAUUCUGCUGUUUCGCUACGCUUUGCGAACUGCUGGGCCCGAGCUUUCCUCCAUGCUGCGCCUCGUGAAGAUGUGGCUGAAAGCGAGGCGCAUCCCCGGCACAAAGCAAGGUGGAUUCCCCACCGUUGUGUGGCUGCGGCUGGCCAUCCGCUUCUACCAGGAGUGCAAAGGCAGCUCGAAAGCGCGACGUGUCGCCCGAGAUUGGCUCCGGCGUUUCAUGGUUUGGGCCUGGCAGGGCUUGCCGACGGGUGGUUCGCCCCUGGCGCUUGCGGGGGAGCAGGAAUACUACUCCGGUCGCCUCGCGGCUGGUGUGCCGGCAGGCACGCUGCUCCUGUUUGUCUGUGAAAUGGUGGCCUUUCUGGAGAAGUCACCGGCACCCAGCGCUGUGGGGGAGGACUCCUUUCGAAGGUCAUCUGUAUAA